AUGGCUGCAAGAGACACAGGAGAACUUAGACAACUGAAGGAUUCAAGGAAAACUAUUGAAGAAGCAACUCAAGUCAUUGUAAUGGUUAAAGAUGAUGCUGAAAAUGCAUCAGAGGUGGAGGCUCUAAAGAAAAACCAGGAACUACUAGUCAAGUGCAUCUCACAAAACCUUGGAUAUGUUGAGGGCAAGCCUGUUGCUGCAUGUCUCAUUUACAAAUGUCUCAUUCAUUGGAGAUCAUUCGAAAUCGAAGAAACCAAAAUCUUUGACCUUAUUGUUCAAGCCAUAGCUUCGGCCAUUGAAGGAUGCAUGAGAGGUGCUCUAGUCUCUUCUUUGGAUAGACAAGAAAGGAAAGUUGUACCAAAACACCGUGCGGUUCUUUUCAUGCAGCAACUUAUUGGAUUUCUCGAGAAGAUAUAUGGAAUGAUCAGAGAUAAUCUAAAGAGAGAGAUAUCUCCUCUCUUGGUGUUAUGCAUACAGGAAGCACGAACAAAAAGAAACGCUGUUCCUCAACAACCUUUGACUGAUCAUUGGCAAAUUAUUGUGGAAAGGCUAAGCAGUUACCUAAAUCUUAUGAAAGCAAACAAUUAUGCUGGCUCAGCUUGGGAUGAGUUGAGGCAUAUCAGGCAGUCAGUUGGUUUCUUGUUCAUUCAUCAAAAGCCAAAAAAGACCUUAGACGAAAUAACAAGAGAAGUCUGUCCGGUGCUAAGUAUACGACAGCUAUACAGAAUCAGCUUAAUGUACUGGGAUGACAAAUAUGGCACUCACAGUGUUUCCUCAGAUGUUGUUGCAAACAUGAAGGUUAUGAUGACAGAGGACUCGAACAAUGCUGUAAGCCGCUCUUUCCUUUUGGACGAUGACUCGAGGUAA